CGUCAGCUCUCUGCUCUAACAGUUCCUUGGCAACGCUGGAGAGCAGGGGAGUGAGUGAUAGCCUACUUAAAGGGCAGAGCUGUGACUCAUGGUGAAGCCGACCGCAUCCAUCAGCGUCUCGGAGUGAGCAGCUGCACCAGAUUUAAUGGCACAUGCUGAGAGGUCAUCAUGGGUUCGAGUUCUUCAUCUUAUGCCCCUAAAACUAUUUAUCUGGAUGUGGAUGGAAAGGUGCAAAGAGUGAUUUUCAGUCCACACUGUAGCCCAUGUGAUAUUAAGGAACUUCUUUGUUCAUCAUCCAACAUUGCCAGAAACACGGCUAUACUUCUGAUUGACUCAGAAGGAGCAAUGAUAUCUAUUGACCCCACCAUGCCUGCAAAUACACCAAACAACUUAUAUAAGGUUAUGCCUCAUUCCACAAACCAAGGAGGAGAGAAGGAAGACAUGUUCCAGAACGUCCUGUCACAAGUGGCAGAGCAGUUCAGCAGGGCUUUCAGGAUCAAUGAGCUGAAGACAGAAGUGACCAACAGACUAGCCAUGCUGGAGAAGAGAGUGGAGCUGGAGGGACUGAAAGUGGUGGAAAUUGAGAAAUGUAAAAAUGAUCUGAAGAAAUUAAGGGAUGAAAUGACCUCUAGAGGAGGAGUGAGAGUGAACUGCAAUUGCAAAUACAAUUUUACUGAUGAUGGGAAGAAACUGUCUCCCAGGCGAGAUGUCCCAAGCUACCCAAAGUACACGCUUUCUCAGGAAACCAUAGAGGCUCUGAAAAAGCCUACCUUUGAUGUAUGGCAUUGGGAACAUAACGAGAUGCUUAGCUGUCUGGAGUAUAUGUAUCAUGACCUUGGACUGGUUAAGGAGUUUAACAUUAACCCCAUAACUCUCAAAAGAUGGCUGCUUGGAAUUCAAGAAAACUACCGUGACAACCCUUUCCACAAUUUCCGCCACUGCUUUUGUGUGAGCCAGAUGAUGUAUGGAAUGAUCCAUCUGUGUAACCUUCAGGAGAGGCUGACUAUGACAGACAUGUGUAUUUUGAUGACUGCAGCCAUGUGCCAUGACUUGGACCACCCGGGAUACAACAACACGUAUCAGAUUAAUGCUCGCACUGAGCUGGCCGUGCGCUAUAAUGACAUCUCUCCACUGGAGAACCAUCACUGUGCUGUGGCCUUCCAGAUCAUCUCUAUGCCCGAGUGCAACAUAUUCGCCAACGUGGAGCCUGACUCCUUCAAACAGAUACGACAGGCGAUCAUUACUCUUAUCCUGGCCACAGAUAUGGCCAGGCACGGAGAGAUACUGGACUCCUUCAAACAGAAAGUGGACAACUUUGACUUUACCAAUGAGGAGCAUGUUAAAUGCCUGAAGAUGGUGUUGAUCAAGUGUUGUGACAUCUCCAACGAGGUCAGACCCACCGAGGUGGCAGAGCCGUGGGUGGACUGUCUCCUGGAGGAGUACUUCAUCCAGGUACCUCAAUACAUGCAGCUUCUGCUUACAAGUGCUUUGAAAAUGAAUAUGGUAAAAGGCUUAUUAUUAUGCUUCUAUUAUUUCGAAAUUUACUUAUAUUACCAUUCAAAAAUUGAGGAGAUCAUGGUGCAGCCUUUGAGGGACUCCCGUGAUCACUAUGAAGAACUCAAGCAGAUAGAUGAUGCAAUGUCAGAGGGUUCUCAGGCUAACCCAGCUCCCAGUUUCCUGAAAACUGAGGUUUUUAACUGUUUGGGCUCUCCAAGCACCCAAUUUCUGAAGGAGAGCGUUGGACCCCCUUCUGUGUAUUGA